AUGUGCAAGUGUGUUAAGAAUACAGACUUAGAGGUAACGUUCAACAAACUCACCUCAAUAAGUCCUGAAAAUCGCCGAGCUAAUGGAAUGAGUUUUGUUCAGUCUGGUUUUUUCUUACAAUUAACAUUAAUGGCUCUGUCCUUGGAAGUGGAUUCACAAACGAGAGCUGAAAUUGAUAGAGCUAUAGGAUUUCGAGAUUCGGACAGGGAAACCAAAAGUCUUAUGCGAGAAUUGAUAUCAUCUCUACCUGUCGAUUCGGAAAUAUUAAAGUUCCGUCGAGCUUCCCGAAUGGUUGUAAUGCCUGAUUGCGUAGUAACGCCACAGUUUCGUACCGGUGCAGCCGCUGCGAUACGAAUGGACGUAGGCUCAUUUAAUGGCACUGAGAAACCUGAACAAAUCUGCACAAUUCUUAACCAGAAGAUAGAAAACGAUUCUGGAGGUGCUAUCCGCGACACCUUUGACGAAGACGAUUUGUCGGGGGGCGUCAUCGCAGUCCUGAUGACGACUUUGUACUUCCGCGCACGCUGGCGAGUGGCCCCCACUGUACUCAAUGGUACCUGGCCCUUUCAUGACGCUGACGACGCCCCCAAACGCACUGUGCGUAUGGUAAAAAUCAAUGAUAUUAUGGGGUAUGCUGAUAUGAAAGAAUGGAAUGCUGAGGUCAGUAACUAA